UCAGUCUCUCUCUUAAAAAAUUCUCUUCUCUCUCGUGCUUUCACGACUCAAGAAAAACAACAACUUCUCUAAACCUAAAAACGGAGGCAUAAAUACUUCUCUUCUCCUUCAAAAACACUGUCAGAUUCUCUUUUCUGUGUUGCCUCUCUUUGCUCAUUCGCAAAGAGAUAAAUUAGACGAAUAAGGGUUAUUUAAAUCUCGGCAAGUAUGAGUGUUGUUGGAUUUGAUUUUGGUAACGAGAGUGGCAUUGUUGCCGUAGCAAGACAAAGAGGUAUUGAUGUUGUUCUCAACGAUGAAUCAAAGAGAGAAACACCAGCAAUUGUUUGCUUUGGUGAUAAACAAAGGUUUAUUGGGACAGCUGGAGCUGCUACAACUAUGAUGAACCCUAAGAAUUCGAUUUCUCAGAUUAAGCGAUUGAUUGGUCGUCAAUUCAAUGAUCCAGAGCUUCAACGUGAUAUUAAAGCUUUGCCUUUUUCAGUUACUGAAGGUCCUGAUGGAUAUCCUUUGAUUAACGUGCGGUAUUUGGGAGAGUCUAGGGCUUUUACUCCAACCCAAGUUCUGGGGAUGGUGUUUUCAGACUUGAAGGUUAUUGCAGAGAAGAAUUUGAAUACAGCUGUUGUCGACUGUUGUAUUGGAAUACCAGUUUAUUUUACUGAUCUUCAAAGAAGGGCAGUUUUGGAUGCUGCAACCAUUGCUGGUUUACAUCCUCUUCGUCUCUUUCACGAGACUACUGCUACUGCUUUGGCGUAUGGUAUUUAUAAGACUGAUUUGCCUGAGAAUGAUCAGUUGAACGUCGCCUUUGUUGAUAUUGGUCAUGCGAGUAUGCAAGUGUGUAUUGCUGGGUACAAGAAGGGUCAACUGAAAGUGUUGGCUCAUGGAUUUGAUCGUUCACUUGGUGGCAGAGAUUUUGAUGAAGCUCUUUUCCAGCAUUUUGUUGGGAAGUUCAGAGAUGAGUACAAAAUCGAUGUGCCUUCGAAUGCAAGGGCCUGUUUAAGGUUAAGGACAGCGUGUGAGAAGUUGAAGAAGAUGUUGAGUGCUAAUCCAGAGGCACCUUUGAAUAUAGAGUGCUUGAUGGAAGAGAAAGAUGUCAGGGGAUUUAUUAAGAGGGAAGAGUUUGAACAGAUAAGUAUCCCAAUUUUGGAGCGUGUGAAGAGGCCUCUGGAAAAGGCUCUUUUUGAAGCUGGGCUAACUGUUGAAAACAUUCAUUCAGUUGAGGUUGUUGGUUCAGGUUCUCGAGUGCCAGCAAUCAUGAAAAUCUUGACAGAAUUCUUUGGGAAGGAACCAAGGCGUACCAUGAAUGCCAGUGAGUGUGUUGCCCGUGGAUGUGCUCUUCAGUGUGCAAUGCUUAGUCCCACAUUUAAAGUGCGGGAAUUUCAGGUCCAUGAGAGCUUUCCGAUGCCAAUCGCCUUGUCUUGGAAGGGUUCUUCACCAGAUUCUGAUUCCGCAGCUGCAGAUCACCAACAGAAUACUAUUGUCUUCCCAAAAGGAAACCCAUUGCCUAGUGUUAAGGCCUUGACAUUCUUUAGGCAAGGAACAUUCACCAUUGAUGUUCAGUAUGCUGAUGCAGCUGAGUUGCAAGUACCAGCAAAGAUUAGCACGUACACGGUUGGUCCUUUUCAAUCCAAAAAUGGUGAGCGUUCAAAGCUGAAAGUUAAAGCCCGGUUGAAUCUCCAUGGGAUUGUCUCUAUUGAUUCAGCAACGCUUCUAGAAGAAGAAGAGUCAGAUGUUCCAGUUUCAAAGGAGCCUGCCAAGAUGGAGACUGAUGCAUCACAAGAUGCAGCACCUGCCGGAGUUGAUGUCAAUAUGCAAGAUGCCAAGGAUGGAGUUGAAAAUGGUGCACCCGAGUCUGGAGAGAAGCCUGUGGAGAUGGAAACUGAUGCUAAGGUUGAAGCUCCUAAAAGAAAGGUAAAGAAAACAAAUGUCCCAGUUUCGGAGUUGGUUUAUGGGGGGAUGUUGCCUCUUGAUGUACAGAAGGCAACUGAGAAGGAAUUUGAAAUGGCUCUGCAAGACAGAGUCAUGGAAGAAACCAAGGACAAGAAGAAUGCUGUUGAAGCAUAUGUUUAUGACAUGAGGAACAAGCUUAACGACAAGUAUCACGGAUUUGUUACUGAGCAAGAGAAGGAGGAAUUAAUUUCUAAACUUCAAACUGUGGAAGACUGGUUGUAUGAAGACGGUGAAGAUGAAACAAAAGGUGUUUACGUUGCCAAACUUGAGGAACUAAAGAAGCAAGGUGACCCUAUUGAGGAGCGUUACAAGGAGUCCACUGAAAGGGGACCAGUCAUUGACCAACUUACAUACUGCUUCAACAGCUUCAAGGAGGCAGCUAUGUCCAAUGAUCCUAAAUUUGAGCACAUUGACCUGGCUGAGAAAGAGAAGGUCAUUAAGGAGUGUGUCGAAGCAGAAGCAUGGUUGAGAGAGAAGCAGCAGCAGCAAGACUCUCUGCCUAAAUAUGCUAACCCAGUGUUGUUGUCUGCUGACGUUAAAAGGAAGGCAGAAGCCCUUGAUAGGUUCUGCAGGCCAGUGAUGACGAAACCCAAGCCAGCAGCGCCAAAGCCACCAACUCCAGCGGAAUCACCAUCACCUCCACCACAAAGCACUCCCGAACCCCAAACCAAUGGUGCUGAAGUUGAUGAGAGCGCAGCAGAGGGUGAAUUCGCUGAAGGCGAGCCAAUGGACGCAGACAAAUCUGGAACUGCUCAUAGUCCCGCAUAAGUUUUGCAUAUAGCCCUGGGUUUUUUCUUUCAAUUUACGGAUUUUCUUCUAUUCAUCCAGUCCGUACAUCUGUCAGUUACAGUGUGAUUCGAAUAUGGUGGUCCUCCCACUGACUUGGAGUGGAAUAGAGUUCCUCUAGAGACUAGAUGCCAUGAUUAGGGUGAAAGAUGCUUCGUUUCUACAUCGUGAUAUAGUGUUUAAUGUGUACAACUCUCAUCUUCUGCAAGUUGGGUUCUUUGUUAUUUAUAUUUAUCUAGGAAUAUCUCUAUAAUCCAGUUUUUCUGGAUGGGUUUAAGAGAAAAAAUACUAGUAAUUAAUUAGACUUUUUUUUCCCCUCUCUGUUUCGUUA